UGUGUUCCCUCUGUGUGCUGUCCCAGCUCUGCGCAGAUAGCUGACACAGCAGACCCGACGAGAAUCCCCAAUAACCACAGAGUCUACUAAGAUACAAAGGCACCUCGGCCAGGUUUAUUGCGAUCUCGGACACAAUUGCAGUUCCCUGUAGGUUUCUGAGCCUCAUUCAGGGCAUACUACGAGAAAAGUGCCUCUUGGCAAGGACCCGGCUCAGUGGCGGGACUUUCCACUGCCCCCGUGGCCGGACAAAGACACCACCCCAGGGACACAUUCUUAUAUGUGUCGGCCUGUUCCAUGUUAUCUGUGGAAUGUUCCGGUAUGGUAUGUCAUGGUACCAUGUUUAUACUUUAACUUUGCUAGGUGAAUAUAUAUUUAUGCAAUAUCAGCCCUUUCCUUGCCAACUUCUGUGAGCAGGGCCUGCCUCUUGCUCACAGCUUAACUUUGCUUUCUAUGCUAGCAAAGCCUUGACCAUUACUUUAGUUUGGUUCAGGCCUCAUACUGGGCCUUUAUUAGGCCUUUACUAUGUUGCCUUCACUUACUACAUUCCCCCACUUUUUGUCUUUUUAAGGGGAGGAUGUUUACCCAUCGUCCCGGAAAAGCAUAAUGCAUGGACUGAAGAUAACCCAGUGGGCUAAACACUGUGAGGUGGUUACCUUCUUUUAUUAUUCAUACACUUAUGCCCCAUCCGUCUGUUUAGUCUGCACAUUCCCUCGUACGACUGGCAGACAGAUUUUAUUAUCUAAUUAUUUUUUAGUCCCUUAUGGUGGGCCUGGGAAUGUUAGGCCCGGGACCAUGACUGAGGAAUGUAGUAUUAUGAUUGAGCCUUAGAGGCACUCCCAAAUAAUUAAUAUAUAUCAAUUAUAUGGAUAUUGCAUAUAUAUUUGGAGUGUGUAUGGGCAUAUAUGUAUAGUAGGUAUGUGUACAUAUGACACUACCUUAUAUGCAAGCAUAACCAUGUUUUUCCUGUUCAGUGUUGUACUCUGGUACUUUUACUUUGGUAACACAGAUAGAAACACACUCCUAUUAGGGCAAUUCUAGUUAUCACUUGUCUUAUCAUUAGUAGUAGGCUGAGUGUUUUGAAAUAUUGGGAUAGGGAUUGUGAUAGUAUGUUCUACAGUGCUAUGUAUAUGAGAAGUAAAACAGAAAUUUGGAGUAGUGACACUACCACUGAGGCCUUUAUAUAGAAAUAUAUAGUAAUUAGUUAUUACACAGUACUGUCCAUUCAUGUUAUAGGUUACCCUUACUGCUAGUUGUCACUCUCUGGUUAGCUUCACUGGGCAGGAAAUAGAAGUGGUUAACUUCUCUGUUCCAUUGGUUGCACGGCUCUGCGAUACAUCAGUAGUUGACAUAGAUCCAGUUGUUUCUUAUGGAUGCUGUCUUCCAGAUAACCUACUGAAUGGACAGUAACCAAUUUAUCAAAUAGUGCUGUGUCAGGAUGUAGUAUUGGUACCCAGACACUGAACACGAUUGUUUUGAAUAACAUGUCUUAGUUAGGAUGCAGUGUCGCUGACCCAAAUUAUGACUGGUACUAACAGGCAAUUUGUUUACCCAAUUUGUCAUUACUAUGUAACUUUGUUUGUUUACCACAUUUUUUUUUUUUUUUUUUUUUGCCUUCAUGUUGUUUGCUGCCAUUCGUUUGUUGAUUUUUACAUGUGUGUUGGUUAAACAGUUUAGCAAGGUUAUGCAUAUUGUAAAUGUUGUACAGCAAUAAUACAGUACAGCAAUAAGACAACAGUACAGCAGUACAGCAAUAAUACAGUUGUUUUUACAUAGUAACGAAGUUGAAAUUAAAUGAUGGAUUAUCCUGGUCCAGCUAGUGGUUUUUAGCUGAUUGUUAACUUAAUUGUCCAUAUAUGGUAGAUAGAGGUGUAUUUGACCAGUCUCUUAUUUAUAAAGCACUUCAUUUUCCUGUUCUUGAUGCUUCGGGGUUUCUUUACUGUAUACUGAUAUCAUCUGGUGUCUUCAGGGUGUGAUAUUUUCUGGUGGUUUUGGUCUGUGGGAUGCAACUUAAACAGCUAGUUAGUUAACAUAAUAAAGGGUUUUUGUUUGUUUUUGUUUUCAGUAACUCAAACUUAAUACACAGUUUAACUUAGUUUGUUUACAAUGUAAUAAGAACAAGGUAAUAGGGACCGAGCCUUUUAUAACACAAGCUAUACUUUUGCAAUUGUUGUAUAGACAUUCAUUUUCAUUUGAAGUACAUUACUAAUAUUUUUAUACGAAAUGUAAUGCUUAACGGCUAAAAUAAAUGCUCACAAUCUUCUAUGAGAAGGUGUAUUGCUUUCCCUUGCUGAACAAUUUGUUUCAGCAAAGGAGUUAACAGAAUUUUUACUAAGCUUUUUAGAGUUAAUUUGCUUGUGAUACCAAUUUCACUUUUGUUAACUGUUUAGAUGCACAACUUUAACAAUCACUGCUUCCCAUUAGCAUAACAUAACAAAAGCAUAAAAAAUUAAACCAACUAUAAAAUUAAAUCAAAAUAAAUUUUAAAUACAGUACUUUGAGGGUAUUUGAGGGUAUACUUUUAUGAUGCUUUGCUAUGUUUGGGAGCCAAAGGUGGAAACCUGUUCAAAUUGUUUGGUUAGCUUUAUGCAUAAAUUGUUAUUUUAAAACAUUUUGGUUAUGAGAUUCUUAUAACUAUAUUUAAAAGUGCAAACAAGUUUAUAAAAAGCCCAAACAAGAAAUUAACAUUUUGUUGAUAUUAUUUUUACCUUAAUGUUAAGGUUUCCCCUUACCUUUUUUCUUUGAAUAACAAAAUAAAAAAAAAAAAUCUUAAAAAACAAAACAAAACUGUGAUUGAUAAGAGAAUAUUUUUUGUUUGCAAUUGCAUUAUUUGUUGAGGCAGAAACAUAUGGAAAUAUAUGUACAUAUAUUUGUAACUGAAACCUUUUUGAACUUUGCACAAAAAAUUGGUGCUAAUAAUGAUUAUACCCCAACCAUGAUCUUAAAAUAGUGUGGUACCACAGAUAUAUAAAUUUUUAAAAGGGUAUAAAAUUGACUUUUGUUGCAACAAAAUAAAAAUAAUAAAAAAUAGUCACGUGACACACACAACAUACAACACAAAACAACACCCAUGACAUACAGGACAAACUUACAAUUAACAACAAAUGGCGCCAAAAUUCUAUUCAUAACUAUACAAAAUAAGGCAAACAAAAAUAAAAAAUAAAAAGGGUUAUAUUUGAAUAAACAAAUUAUUACUUUAUAUAAAACUUGUUACAUAAAUGGUUAAAAAUAUAUUAAUCUUUGCCAAAUGUAUUGUAUUAAUUUGGUAACAAGGAAUUUUGCAUUACUUUAUAUUUAACAUUAUUUUAAAACUCUGCUACAUGGAAAUAAAAAAGCCCAUGUUUGAGUGGUUAGGAUUAGAAGCAGAGUGUGCAUUUCUGUUGCUUGGCAACCAUAUCUUCAAGAAAGUUAGGAAUAAUUUCAGCUGUUGCAUUCCUGAAGGGUUAAAAUACUUAAUUUACUGGAAUUUAUUUAAAGUAAAGUUUUUACCUUGUUUUCUUUUUGUUUCUUGUUUUAUUCUGUUUUCAAUUGCUUUAUCUUUUGGAGGUUUCUGUAAAAACUAUAACUUUUAACUUUUAAAACAAAAAGAGAGCAGAAUUGAGGAGAGGCGGGGGAGAGAGGGUGGGGUUGCAGAGCAAUUUAGGAAGGUAGUGAGACCUGAGCCAAGAGAGAUUAACUCUAUCAAGAUAUUUGAAAGUACAGGCAGCAGCAGCAAAUUUAACAAAUUAAGAAAGCAUAUAAAGGACAAAACUUAACCGAUUCACAAAGCUCUCUGUAUGGACAAUCCCUUAGGUGGAGUCAGUAUACCAUAGAAGAGAAGACAGCUGUUCCUGCCUCCACACAUCAACUAACAGAAGUUUUGCCCCCAAAACGGGCUCUUCAGGGGAGGCCAUGGACCAGCGGCUCCAGCAGGCCCAGAGAUUCAAAGAGGACGGGAACCGGUGCUACAAGGAGGGGCGCUUCAGAGAUGCCGUGAGCCGCUACCACCGGGCACUGCUGCAGUUGCGAGGGCUGGACCCCAGUGUACCCUCUCCCCUGCAGGCCUUCGGGCGCGAGCAGCCGCCAGUGACACCUGAACAGGAGAGGGCACUGCACGGCACCCAGACCGACUGCUACAACAACCUGGCUGCCUGCUUGCUCCACAUGGAGCCAGUGAACUAUGAGCGGGUGAAGGAGUACAGCCUCAAGGUGUUGGAGAGGCAGCCUGAGAACCCCAAGGCCCUGUACCGCGCUGGCGUGGCCGCCUACCACCUGCGGGACUAUGACCAGGCCCGGCACUAUCUCAUGGCGGCCUCAUGCAGCCAGCCCCGAGACGCCAACGUCAAGCGGUACCUGCAGCUGACAGAGUCCCAGCUCAGCACCUACCACCAGAAGGAGAAGCAGCUCUACAUGGGGAUGUUCAGCUAGCGAAAUCAAGGCUCCCCCAACCAGAUACCACCAGGGCCACAUGGAUGCACCCCCCUUUCCUGGACAGAACUCCAGGGCCACGUGGAUGCACUCCCCUUUCCUGGACAGACUGCCAGGCCACAGGGACACCCCCACUGACAUAACACCAGGGUAACGGGGAUAUGUCUGGCUUUCCAUUGAUGGCCUAGGACCCAUAAGGUCACUUGGGACCUGGAUUGCUAGAGAGGAAACCCCAGGCUGGUGGCUAGGACCUGCUUGGACUACUCCCCUUUCUCUUGUCUGAGGACCAGUGUCCUCUCUGUUGCUCCCAAGGGCCUGGGCAUUCCCAGAGUCACAACUGCACAGGCUCAACCACCCCAUGGUUGUGGGGCCACAGACAGGGAACGUGGGCUGGAUCAUUAGCUGUGUCACCCUGCUGGCCCUCUUCAUAAAGUGACCUGUCUCCCUGCA